AUGGAUCAUCCCAACUAUACCUGGACACAAACCUUCCUUCUGGCUGGUUUCACCACCACAGGAACCCUAAGACCUCUGGCCUUCUUGGGCACCCUGUGCAUCUAUCUCCUCACACUGGCAGGGAACUUGUUCAUCAUCAUCCUGGUGAAGACAGAUUCCGGACUGUCCACACCCAUGUACUUCUUUAUCAGUGUCCUCUCCUUCCUGGAGCUCUGGUAUGUCAGCACCACGGUGCCCACUCUGCUGCACACUCUUCUCCAUGGGCGGUCUCCCAUCCCCUCGGCUGCAUGCUUUCUCCAGCUCUAUAUCUUCCAUUCCUUGGGUAUGACUGAGUGCUACCUGUUGGGUGUCAUGGCACUGGACCGCUACCUGGCCAUCUGCCGCCCGCUGCACUACCAUGCACUCAUGAGCAGACAGGUCCAACUCUGGCUAGCAGGGAGCACUUGGGUGGCUGGCUUUUCGGCUGCACUUGUGCCAGCAGGCCUCACUGCCACCCUGCCAUUCUGCUUGCAAGAUGUAGCCCAUUACUUUUGUGACCUGGCACCAUUGAUGAGGUUGGCGUGUGUCGACACAAGCUGGCAUGCACAGGUUUAUAUUUCAGUGAUCGGCAUGAUCAACACAUGCAAUCUUGCUCUCAUUUUGGGUCUCUAUGGAGGCAUUGUGAAAGCCGUGCUGAAACUGCCCUCCGCUGCUAGCCGUGCCAAGGCCUUCUCUACCUGUUCCUCCCACAUCAUCGUAGUGACAUUAUUUUUUGGCUCUGCCUUCAUUGUGUAUGUGGGACCAGCUGAGAUCCAAGCUGAAGGCAGAGACAAGCUUAUUGCUUUGGUGUACACUUUUCUUACACCUUUUCUCAAUCCUAUUAUUUAUACCCUUCGCAACAAGGAGGUGAAGGAGGCUAUUAAGAGGGUCACUCAGAGGGUUAGGGCUGGGUUGAAUUGUCUCUGA